GCACCGGCUGCCGGAGCCGCCCCGUCCCGCCCCGCCCCGUCCCGUCCGCCCGGACUUCACCUCCCGGCUGGACCCGUGUCGUUCCGGGCCAUGUGAGCCGUGGGGCCGGGCCGCGGGGCCGCCACCGGCAGCGGGAUGGAGCGCAGGAAGGUCUUCGUGGUGCUCGACGUGCUCUGCCUGGCGGUCGCGUCUCUGCCCUUCAUCAUCCUGACGCUGGUGAACUCCCCAUACAAGCGGGGCUUCUACUGCAACGAUGACUCCAUCCGUUACCCCUACAAGGCGGACACCAUCACCCAUGGCCUCAUGGCUGGGGUCACCAUCACCUGCACUGUUGCCAUUAUCUCGUCAGGGGAGGCAUAUCUGGUCUACACGGAGCGCCUCUACUCCAAGUCAGAGUUCAACAACUACCUGGCUGCCCUCUACAAGGUCGUGGGGACCUUCCUCUUCGGGGCGGCCAUCAGCCAGUCCCUGACCGACCUGGCCAAAUACAUGAUUGGCCGCCUCCGGCCAAACUUCCUGGCUGUCUGCAACCCCGACUGGUCCAAGGUGAACUGUUCCAUUUACGUGCAGCUGGAGAACGUCUGCCAGGGGGAGAGCAGGAAUGUCACCGAAUCCAGACUGUCCUUCUAUUCUGGACACUCCUCCUUCGGGAUGUACUGCAUGAUGUUCCUGGCGCUCUAUGUGCAAGCCCGGCUGGUGGGGAAGUGGGCCCGGCUGCUGCGCCCCACCAUCCAGUUCUUCCUCAUUGCCUUCGCCAUCUACGUGGGCUACACCAGGGUGUCGGACUACAAGCACCACUGGAGCGAUGUGCUGGCGGGGCUGCUCCAAGGGGCCCUCAUUGCCGUCCUCAUCGUGCGCUACGUCUCAGACUUCUUCAAGCACCGUCCCCCGCGGCAGUGUGACGAGAAGGACCCGGAGCGCAAGCCCAGCCUGCCGCUCACCAUGAACGAACCUGACCGCAAUCACUACAGCUACCGGGGCGCGCCGUGAGCCACGCGUGCCGGACUGCCGACCUGCCCUCGCCGCAUUCUGCACCGCUCCCGGCACGGGGGGACGAGGACGUUGGCUCUGUAUUAACCGCUGGCUCCGGUGCCUCUUGGUGCUGCAGGUACCUGCGGGACAGCCCCGCUCCCCGGCUCGCUGUGCCGCUGCGCUUGCCGGUGCCCGGCGGUGCCGGCGCCGUGGCCGCGGGAAGGGGAGGUCCUCGGUCCCCUGUGCAUCUGAGUCACGCUCCAAGGCUGCCGUCCCAGCCCUUUGCGUGAGGGAGGGAGGGGAGGGUGGCACGCGGGGUGGAUUUAUUGGGCUGGCAAACCAUGCGGAGCAAAGAGCAAACAGGUCGGGAAGUCUGAGGUUGCCUGUGCUGAGCGUGUGUUAUCUCUGUUAAAUUAUCCAGCCUUAUGAGUACAAAUCCUCGCAAACACAGGGGGAGGAGGACAGCUGCUGGGCUAGCAAUACUUUUUUGGAAAGGAUUAAAGCAAUCCAGAGCUCUUCUCUGUUCCCUGAUUACCUUUAAAAGCAGUCGUGGCAGGCGGCGGCUGCUCUGAGCGCAGGCUGCGCGGGCUUUUCUCCAGGGGUGCCUGAUCCUGCGGUGCUGGAAGCAAGAGCUUGCACCCUGCCUGCUUCGUGCCCGAGGCCAGGGGAUGCUCCAGCCUUUGUCUCUCCUGCAGCUUCAGCUGGUGCUUUAGGGGGUGCGGGGUGUUAGGGGGAAAGGGAGAAGCUUUGUGUGGUAAGGGAAAACAAAGGGGGAUGUGGAGCUGGACACAGAACUCUGGGCUCCCUGGGAAGGUGGGGAAUGGGCCACGGAGCAGUCCCAGCGCUGACACGCAGCUGCCUCCGGCACCACAGCACUCUGGGCCUCUUUUUAAGCUACAUGCAUUUUCAUUAUGAUGUGUUUUUAUAAAAAUGUGGUUUUAAAAUUAGAUCAUCCUUAAAGAA